AUGGUUGUUGCCCCACACAUGACAUCUGGAAAGCCCUUUCUCGUGAUUGGGACCGACCCAGCACCAGCUCACACUGUCCUGGAGAAGAGCAGCCGUGAGGUAGAGCUUCGCCUUAGUGCUGUUGUUGACUAUGCUGACUUCAAGCUGGAUACGGACGUGAUUCAGUUCAAGGAGACCUUGCUCUUCCAGACGAGCAUGUUCACUUUCCAGCUGUCCAAUACAGGGAACGUGGCCCUGGAAUUCGCCUGGAUGGUGGCUGCGAAGGACGAGAGGGCGGCGAGCCGCAGCGGGGAGUUGCUCCCGCCCAGUCUGGAUGGGGAUGUCCUCUCCUCCGCUUUUGGUGCCUCUGCGAAGCUCCACCCCAGCCGUUGUUUGAGCCAGGUGGGCCGCGCUCUGGAGCAGGUCUCUUCCUCCCUAAGCUCAUCUCUGAACACCGUCAGUGCCACCCCAGCGUUCUCUGUCGAGCCCCGCAGCGGCACCAUCUCUGCUGGGCAGGAGCAGCUCUUCCAGAUGAAGUUCUCUCCGGUCUACGUGGGGGACUUUGAGGGCCGUAUGCUUUGCAGUAUUCCUAACCUGAAGCCAAAUCAGAAGGGCCCGGAGGUGGUGGUGGAAGGGAGAAGCUUGAUGCCAAACUGCCAUUUUGAACUGGAAGACUCUGACUACAUCACUGCACAAAGGCGCAACCCAGAGUUGCAGGGACCACAGGGGCCAACGUUUGAUCUCCACACAAGAGUGAUUGAGUUUGCAGCCAUUGGAGUGUGUGGCAGGAACAGCAGGACAUUCAUGGUUAUGAACCCAACCGAUUCCGCAUAUUCCUUCCAGUGGACUUGCCAAGACCCUGAAGCCCCACCAGAACAAGUGGCUUUCUUCUGCCUCACAGAGAGAGGUCAGAUCCAGCCAGGGAAGAAAGCAGAGAUGAAGUUUGAAUUCAUCCCCCAGCACUUGGACAUCACAGAAUCCUUCUGGGUCUUUACAAUCCCGGAGCAGAGCGUUUCAGUGCCGUUCCUGUUGGUGGGCAGCACCACCGAGCCACUAGUGACUCUGGACAGGUCCUACCUGAACUUCCACUUGCUGUUAAUCGGGCAUGAGGUACACCAGACUAUCUAUAUGAUCAACAGUGAGAAGGAAGCCUUCAGCUUUGCUUUCAGAGAAAGCUCUCUCUUCUCAGAGGGAUGCAACGCCUCCAUGAAAAUAGAGCCCCUGGAAGGCUCCAUCACUCCUCUUUCAAGGUUUCCGGUUACGGUGGCCUUCACACCAAUGCUAGAAGGAGAGCUGGUCUUCAACCUCAAGUGCGAUGUCAAGAGGAAGACCCAACCCCUCUCCUUGAAUAUCAAGGCCACUGGCUACAGCACAAACGUGUGUGUCAGGUGUGAGGACAGCGAUGGCCGUGUCAUGGAGCUCAGCACACAGAAGAUCAACGUCAUUGAUUUCAAGGAGGUACAGCUAAACGACAAUGUCAAGCGCAUCUUCAGCAUCCUCAAUAACAGCAAGUUCAGUGUCACCUUCUCAUGUGACCUGAGCGGCCCCGCAGCCUCUAAGCAGGUCCUCACCAUCACCCCUCGGGCGGGCACCGUGCGGGCGGAGGGGAAAGCAGAGACCCAGCUGGCUUUUCACCCGCAGAAGAUGUGCUCUUUAAAGGACAUAGAGCUGACACUGCAGAUCAGCAAGGGUCCCACGUUUACCUGCGUGUUCCUGGCCACUGUGGUAGUGCCCAUGGUCCACUUCUCUACCACCAGACUCAACUUUGGAGCCUGCUUCAUCUACCGCGCUGGCAUGCCACCUGCCCGGCAGACCCUCAUCAUCACAAACAAGGCAGACAAAGAUGUGAGUUUGAACUGCUUGUUCGCCAGCACCGUGCACCUGGAGGUGGACUUCCCAGGCCACGUCCUAGCCCCAGGAGGGACAGUGGAGGUGCCCAUCACCUUCUAUCCCCGAGAGGCUGCAUCUUACCGUGAGCUCAUCCCUUUUGAAAUCAACGGACUCUGCCAGCAGACUGUUGAGGUCCGAGGACGGGGCAUGGAAGUGAAGGUUGAUGUUGUGGAACCACAAGGAAAGGUGGUGAAGCUGGGAGCCCUCUCCAUCGGACAAACGGUGAAGAAGAUUGUCAUCAUAGCAAACAACAGUGCUGCCCCUCUCACUUUUAAGCUCAGUCUCAUGUCCACUGUGCCAGAGCUGCAAGAAGCUGGGGUUCUCUGCUUGAACCCAACCAACGAACUAAAUCUGAAGCCCAAGGGAGACACCUGUAAAGUGGAGGUGACCUUCUCCCCAAAACGCCGCAUUCAGCCGUUCACUGAAGAAGUGAUGUUGGAGUGCAAUGGCCUGGUGCACUCCCUCUUCAUGGUGCGGGGCUCCUGCCAGGGCAUCUGUGUGAUCUUGGACCAAGAACACCUCAGCUUUGGAGCGGUGAUGCGGCAGAGCUACACAUCCCAGCGCAUCGUCAUGCAGAACAUGGGCGACAUAGGAGUCAAGUUUAAGUGGGACAUUGAGAGCUUCAAGCCAGAUUUCUCCAUCAGCCCUAUGGAAGGUUACAUCUCCCCAGGAAUGGAUAUCUCCUUCGUUGUGACCUUCCACCCCUCUAAGCUGAGCCGUGCUAUCCAGUAUGAAGGCCUGCAGUGCUUCAUCCAGGGCAGUGAGGCGCUCCGGCUUACCCUGGCAGGGUGCUGCAUGGAGACCCCCGUGACCAAAGAGACGCUGAUUUUUACCUGUGAUGUGCGCGAGAAGCACAGCCAGACCAUCCUCCUGUCCAACCCAAGCAACGAAGCCUGGACUGUGCAGCCUGUCAUUGAGGGGGAGCACUGGAAAGGGCCUGAAUUUUUCCAUCUAGAGGCUAAUCAACAAAACAAGCCCUACAAGAUCACUUACAAACCCCUUACCAUGAGCUCUGAGAACAAGAAGCAUCAGGGCUCUAUCUUCUUCCCAUUGCCAGAUGGGACAGGCUUGUACUACCUCCUGCAAGGGACUGCUGAGGCCCCAAAGUGUUCAGGGACCAUUUUCCGGCAGGUCCCAUGUAGGACUUCCUACACUGAGCUCAUCCCUGUCUCCAACUGGCUGAACAGACCACAGAGGUUCCUGGUGAUAGUGGACAUACUCAAACCAGAAAACCUGGAAAAGAGUUCUGUGCUACAGGGGCUGGAAUACAUUGACGUGCCAGGCUCUGCCAAGAAGGACUACAAGCUCACCUUCCUCUCCUACAAGGAAGGAGUCUUCAACACAAUGGUGACUUUCCUUAAUGAGGUGACCGAGGAGUACUUGUACUACAUGGUGACUUUCAAGGCCACUGCUUCGGGACCCCUCAGCACCAUUGAAAUGACCACCGCUGUUCGGCAGAGAGUGUCCUCCACCGUCAAGGUGGACAACCCUCUGCCUGCCCCGGUGACGUUUGCCAUAGAUUGCAAAGUGCCCGAUGUCAGCGUUCCCCCGCAUUUCACUGUUCCUGCACAGUCGGAGGCCAACCUUGUCUUUGAGUACCAGCCGCUGAAAGUGGGUGAGAGCGUCGGGCGCCUGGUGCUCCAGAGCAGCGACUUGGGCUCUUGCUACUACAACCUGCACCUGAAAGCCACCGUUAGCAAGCCGGAGAAGCCCCUCUACUUCUGCACCACGCUGGGCUCUAGUCAGACCAUCACCACCAAAAUCGUGAAUUAUGCCCGGCAGAAGACCGAGUACCUUCUCCAGGUGAGCCCAGCCUGCCCUGGGCUCUUUGCUGGGAGCCAGCUGGUCUGGGUGGCCUCAGCUCCCUCGGUUGAGGGAUCCUGCCCCUCGAGCUUGGCCUGGCACAGCCAGUGUGGCCGCAUGAGCCUGGGGCUCUUCCCACCAGCGCUGGGCUUGUCCCCAGCCGGGACGUCUGCGCUUGCAGAUGGUCCCUGCUGCCCUCGUUGGAGCUGCUUUUGCAGGGUCCACGGUGCCUGGACGUCCACCUUAGAGCUCUGGAGGGUCUGGCAGCGGGAUCUCGUGGGGUCUGGGUACGUGGUUGUACCUGCUGGGCGCAUCUGGGCAGUCCCCAUGGCCGUUCACCGGGGGUGGCCGGGUCCCCAUGAACCCCGUGGAGAUGGCUGGAUCCCCGGUGAGCCCCCUUCAGAGACCCAGGUCCCCAGUGAACCCCAUGCAGGUGGCUGGGUCCCCGGUGAGCCCUGCACCAGCAGCAGAGCUUCAGAAUCGGACCGGGAACGCAGCACCCGCUCCUCGGCGCUGCUCGCGGAGGUGCUGGCACUUUGUCCGUGGGAUGCGAGGGGUCCCCAGGGCAGCAGGCCGGCGCUGGGGUGGCCAUGCCCGUCAUCCAUGCCUGUUGUCCGCACCCAUCUCCGGUCAGCCAUGGUUCGUCACCUCGCGGUGCCGUCCCAGGUCUCUGCCCUGCUCCGUCCCAGCUGCCGAGGUGCAAAGCGUCUGCUGUUGCCCUGGGGUGUUGCCCGGGCUCCAUCCGGCAUCGCUGCUGCUCUGACAUCUCAGGCCGAGUGCUCCAGGUGCCCACCACCAUGGCCGUGCCCUCUCUAG